GCCAGUCUCUCAGGCACCGCCGAGGCCACCCCAGGCUUGUGCGCGGGUCCUGACGGGGGGCGGGGCACGCCGGCCCGGAAGAGACGCCGCGCCGCGCCGCGCAUGCCCCUUCCUUUCUAGCUCGGGCCCGGGCCGCAGCAGCUGUCGCGAUGUUGAUGCCCAAGAAGAACCGGAUCGCCAUUUACGAGCUCCUCUUCAAGGAGGGGGUGAUGGUGGCCAAGAAGGACGUGCACAUGCCCAAGCACCCCGAGCUGGCGGACAAGAACGUGCCCAAUCUCCACGUCAUGAAGGCCAUGCAGUCUCUCAAGUCCCGGGGCUACGUGAAGGAACAGUUUGCCUGGAGACACUUCUACUGGUACCUCACCAACGAGGGCAUCCAGUACCUCCGCGAUUACCUGCACCUGCCCCCCGAGAUUGUGCCCGCCACCCUGCGCCGCAGCCGCCCUGAGACUGGCCGCCCAAGGCCCAAAGAAAAAAUAUCUUCAGGUCUGGAGGGCGAGCGACCUGCAAGACUCACACGAGGGGAAGCCGACAGAGACACCUACAGACGGAGUGCUGUGCCCCCUGGUGCUGACAAGAAAGCUGAGGCCGGGGCUGGGUCAGCAACUGAAUUCCAGUUUGUGAGUAUUCCUUCCCUGUUUGCUCUCCAUGAGCAGUCACUGUUAUGGCCUCAGCCCUGUGGGUCCCACCCCUCAUUCCCCGUCCCCCGUCCCCCCCCGCCCCCGCCCCAAAACCACAAAUUCCAAAUAAGGUUUUUACAUUAAGACAGAUGGAAACUU